CGUCGCGACCCGUUACAUCGUACAUGUUCAUCCACCGAUGAAUCGGAAUUUUUCUCAUGACCUACGAACCUGAUACAACAUCGUGACACAAAGGGAGGUUUUCUGUCGUUCAUCUUCUUCCAUGGCCUUCCAUCUGGACAUUCCUUGGACUUGGAAUCACCGGUGUCCUUGGAUGACGUUCCCGUUCAACGAACGAAUGGCUGACAAGACGUGGAACAAUUGACUGGAUUCUUUAACCAGAGGGAAGUUGGAGGCAAAGGAGGCUGGGCAUACGGUGAAACAUUGAAUGAAGAAAACGUGGCAAGGUUGAAUGCGUUAUCGAAAUCGAAGAAUUUCCGGCUUCCAAUCCGACGAGCAAACGUUUGUCUUAAACAGCUGCUCGUUUCACGUGGAAUUUAUCAUCGAUUGAAAUAGAAGAUACACGAGAAGUCGAAUUUUACUAUGGCACUGGGCGACCCUUGUAGAAAUACGAAAGGAAUCGAUGUCGUUUUGCAGAACGUUUUCUCAUCGACGUGAGAAAGGAUCGCGUGGUACGUCGAAAUUACCAGGCUACCGUCGACUAAUUGCAAUUUCACGGAAUUUCCGUCACCCUGGUCGGACGCGUCAUGUCGUCCUACGAGGGACACGUUUACGAGCGAAAUCUUACUUGAAUACGUCAGUGGCAAAGGGGAAACAGGGGGCUUUGGUUGCUUGGAAAUUAAAAUGUCAACGCCCGCCACGGACCCACUGCCGUCCACCGUUUCCGGGGAAUUGACGACCACUCUCAUACCGACGGUUACCAAAAUCGAUACGCAUCUGGACGCGAAUCCAAUCUCGGUCGUUUUAGCGGUGUCGAUAGUCUGCAUUUUAUCACCGAUCACCGUCACCGGGAACUCGAUCAUCUUGGCCGCCUUCUAUAGGUACAAGAGGCUCAGGACUGCAUCCAAUUACUUGCUGGUCUCUUUGGCAGUCAGCGAUUUUGGGGUCGGAGUUUUCAUGCCGUUUGGAAUGCAGCUCGAGUUAUCUGGUCUACCGGAAAAUGGCGUAUCCACGUUGUGCAUCAUACCGUACUGCAUUGUCAUUGCACUAUGCAGUGUGAGCGUGUUGGUGACGGUAGCGAUCGCCGUGGAUCGGUUGACUUCGUUGGCACAACCCCUCAGGUACAAGAACAUCAUCACUCACAGCAGCAUUGAGAAAUACAUCGCCGUGUUCUGGAUCUACGCGAUCGCUGUUGGCCUCUCGCCUUUGAUCUACGCCGAAGUGACCGGUGAAACCGAACAGCACACUGGCAAUUGUAGAUUCGGCGCGGCGGUGCUACCACCUGUGAGGGUGUUCCUGGUGGUUGCAGUAUGGGCGCCCAGUGCACUCGUCCUUCUCGGUUGUUACAUGUACGUGUACCUGGUGGCACGUGCACACGCACGUGCCAUUUAUACCGUGGAACUGUCGUUCAGGCAUCAAACGCAGACCCUGCCAUUGCCACGUUACGGCCAAACCUUGGCUGUCACAGUGGGGGCGUUCCUUAUCCUCUGGCUUCCCUUCCAGACUUGCAUGCUGUUGGAUAUUUUCUGCGGUACCAAUAUCCUUUCCGAAUGGACAGUGGUGUGGCUCGGUCUACCCAUCAUGGCUCACAGCGGCGUAAACCCGUGGAUUUAUGCUUUCCAUCACGGCGAAAUGAGGGUGGCGGCAGGAAAAAUCACCGAGGAGUUGGUCGCGUUGUUCGGCGUGACGCCCAGUCGUUACGGUUGCUCCCCGAUGAGGCGGGGCUCGAACACCAACAUGGAAUUAGCCGAAGUGAAUAACAGCAACGAGGCUAGACGGCAUCCCGUGGAGGAUUGUUUCGCCGCCAAGCAAAACAGCAAUUUAUACGCGAGUAGAAGAUGCCUCGAGGUAUCCGCCAGGCACACCGACAUCUCUCCGGAGAGAAACGUCGAUCGUACAUCGUCGGGUAGCAACCAAGAGGACAUCGUCGAAGAAGACAUCCACGAUUUGACGAAAAUGUUGGAUCUAAAGUAUAUAAUCGAUCGGAAUCACAUGAUCGAUUCGAAUCACAAUAUAGAUAAGAUCAAGAACAUCAAGUACCUGUUGGAUCCGACGUUUAACAAGAUCAGACACCUGAGAAGGUUGAAUCACAAGAGGCUAACGAGUAAAAAUUUCUCGAAACCAUCCGAACCAAAGUUUACCUCUUAUCAAAAUUUGAAGACCGAUGGUACCUUGAAGGCUACUCAGAUGAACACCAUGUCGGAUCCAGUGUUGAGCGCCGAUAGUCCUCUGGUGCAUGCCAAAGAAUUUAACGACACCCUGAGUCCUGUGGCCAGCAAACGAAGGAACUCGAAUCUCUGCUCCAUGUCAGAUUCUAAUAUCAAAGCAGCGACCGGUCUCUCUUCCGAAGUAACUCUAAGACUUCCAAGCGAUAGAAACGUGACGGAUACUCAUAGAUAUUCCGUGCAAAACUUGGAUCACAGCAGAUGCGAAGGUGGAUUGGCUAAACACGUUAUGCUGUCCAGACAGUUGGAAAGUCAUAAGAGGUUCCAGAUGCACCCACGUCCCCGAGUGAAGAUCAAUAAUAGCUUCGAUCGAACUAGUCCAAACUUGAAUUUGAGGCUUCAGAAUAGUUACACGUCGCCGUCAACGCCGGACAGCGCGAGGUCCAGUCUAUUGAACAGUCCAAGACAAAAGACAUCGCCUAAACACAUGACGAUCAUCUCGAACAAAUUAGCUAAUCUCGUUAAUACGACGGAAUCGAGAGCGGAUCCUUCCAUGGUGUUACAGAUCAGAAGAAACCUGGAGAUACUGAAACAUUCCGAAUCGAUCAAUACCAUCGAACCGAUGAGCCACGUAAGGCUGUUGGAACCUUACAAAGUAAUGGAAACUCUGGCUGUACCCGCGAUACACUCGGAACCACCGAGUCCUAUCGAUCCUCUUCCUCUAGCCUCGCUGGAGGAGGAGGACGCGAGGAACACGGAAACGUCGAAGCCUUCCGUUAAUAUAGAUCGCUCGAAAUCCCCGUUGGGCAACAGGAGGAGUCCGGUUAGACACUCGGAUCCUGUGAUACCAUCCGUCUUGCUGAACAUCGAGGAUUUCAGCGAGGAAAACGAACACUCCAAAGAUAAAUCUAGUCACGAGACCUCCUCGAACAAUGUAACACCCCCGGGUCAGCUAGCAUCGAUGGAGCCUAUCGAUCUAUUCGAGGCUCUGUUGAAGAACUCCGAGAGAUGCAGAGAAGGAAGACUACCGGAACCGAUCUUCACCGAACACGAUUCGACGAGAUUCAGCUCCAGAAGACCGUCGGACUCGAAAUGGUCCGAGUCGUCGAGAAGUCAAGAAGUGUUGUCCAACGUGGUGACGGAUCAUCAAUCGUUUCCCUCAUCGUACUCCGUGAAUAAUUUCCAAGUGUGUAACAGUGGCAGCGACCUAAACGAUCUCACUUCCUUGGAUCCUUUCAUGUGUCCCGACGCGUUGACCUCGUCCUUGAGAGAGUCCUUCUUCAGCGCACCUUCCGUACCUGAUUCCGAGAUAUUCACCUCGUUCGAGGAGAACGACGAGUCCAUAUUCACGCCGGACUCCGAACGAGACACGUCGUCACCGUACGACUCGACGUCGACGAUCAACCCGAAGAGGUCGGCCAUCGAGGCUGAGCUGCAGAGUAAAUCUACGGAGGCUGUGUUUCGUAACAGAUCCCUGUCGACCAGGUCUUGCAUCUUGCGAUUAGAACCGUCCUUACAUCGAAGUAGAUUGAAAGUCAAGACGGGGGCGGAUUAUAUCCUGAAGGACACGUCCAUGAAGAAGAACCCACGCUUGGCACCCCUGGCUAUUCCUACGCCAACCGAAAUUUGUACACCCACCUUCGAGUUUGUAUCGGAGAUCAAAGGUGACAAUGGUGUCGGUGUUCGGGUGUAGAAUUCUGGAUCUGGUCUGAAGGGUUUAUUUAACGGGGAUGAUGGAAUCAUCCAAAGGACUGGUUCGUUGAACUCUUUUUACCAUGUAGCUCGUUGUAUUUAAAGUGAUACGAUUACGUCGCGUCUGUAUUUUUAUAUAACAGUUCGAGAGCCUGCUGAAGAAAUUGCUCUGUCUAACCUGUUUAACCCUUUCGCUGCUAAGGGUUACCUGGAACUCCCCAUUGUUUCGUGAUACUUGGAAACAUAUUUGCGACGUUACCUUAUUGCAAAUAUAGAUUUACGAAGGAUAUCGUUUUAUUUAUGUUGACGCGUUAAAAGUGUUUAUCAAAGGAAGCAUAGCGAAAGGGUUAAGGGAAGGUACUGAGAAAAAAAAAAGAAUCAUAGGUUAACGUGAAACGAUGGAAGCGAAUCUUCAAGUUGGACUGUGAUAGUACGACGUGUCUUUAGAGGGAUCAUAGAACGAUCGCGUAAGAAGGGAAACUGUAUAACGGUAGCUUUAACGAUAAUUAAUCAUUUGACUCCUGCAGAACAGUUAUUCACGAGCGAAUGAAUUUGCAGAAUAAGCGUUUACUAAUUUACAGCUUGAUUAAUGCGUUUAAUAUCAACAUUCAGAUAGAAAUUUAUUCAUGAUAGAUCACUUUCUUUUUUUAUUAGAAAAUAAUAUCUAUUAUUACAAACCAUGCAUGUCGUAAGAUUAUAUGACGAAUUUAAUUAAUUACAAGCAAAGGUGUUAUACUUUUAAUUAAAAUUUCGUUCUAAAAAUUCUUUUUUCAUCUAGAAUAAUUAAAAUUCUGAGGAGUCUUAGGAUUAACAUCGUAGUAUAAGUAUGUAUUGGUAUACUUGACACGAUAUAAAUGAAAAAUUCAUAUUGCCAGGGAAGGAACGAUGACAAGUGUAAAUGAUUAAGUUGACCCUCGGAGGGCGGACCAUGGAGAAAGCCUCAAUUUUCAUUUUCUAAACUUUACAUUGUUAUUUUAACAAUUAUCCUUGCGUAUCCUUGAGUAUGUUCUGUAAGUUUGGGUCUCUAUUGACCCAGAUUCCGCUAUUUAAAGGUUAAUCGUUUUACUGGCACAGUGUACUCGCUAUUGAAAACGUUGAAUAUAUCGAGAUAGCCUGAUUUUUAUUUACAUAUGAUUGCCUAAAUUGUAUUUAGGAGAGUUUUUAAGGAAUUUUUAGUCUAUUCCGAGGCUUUGGAACGAAUUACGCAGGAUAUUCCCUGAGAAAAACAGAACAAAGUUAGUAAAUUAUGGACUACAGCUUGUGUACCUGAUUAAACUUGAUAAUUUGCAGGCGAACAAAGUUUUCUCGUGAUCUCAGAGAUGCCGUACAAUCCACGUACGCGGAUGAAAAAUUAAGGAAACGAUAACAAAUGGUACUUGUUUUUGCACAACCAACGAAAUCUGUCCUUUGGAUUCUUUCAGUUAUGUUCUACUCUUUCAUUUCUAGUCACGAUCGAUCGCGUAACCACAUCCAUUUUAAUUUAACGCACACGACAAACUUCGUAAUGGACUACCCGUCGCAUAGUGGUAAAACCUACCAAAAAAUAUGGCAAAAAAUGAAGAAUGCUUUUGGGAUAAAAAUAUUCGUCCAAAAAAAUGAAGAAAUGUGAUAAAAAUAAAAAUUUAUUUAUUUAAUUUUAUGUAUAAUUUGAAAUAUGUCGUUCCAUUUAGAAAGAUCAAUGAGUUUAUUACAAUUUUCAUAGCAAAUCUGUAAUCCCAGCAAAAAUUAAAGGGUAGUUACAAAUGGCUAAGAAAAUUUUUAAUUUACUUUUAGCUUCCAGACAAGCAAUUCUACGUAUGAAUUAAUUUCUGCUGGAAUGUUUAUUUGUCAAUUUAAAAGAACAUUAAUCGCUUGUAUAUUUGCUCGACUACGACUGGUUUAAUUAAGCAUGGAUGAAUGAAUAAACGUUUCGCGAAACGGGUUUUCGCGAAUUCAUUUUUGUCGCAUUUUCAAUGUUUUUCACCACUUUCUUUCGCGGAAGAACGAAAUCAAUUUCAUCCUCGAUUUUCGAAAAAUCAACGUUUCGAGGCAGUACACUAACUCAUUCAAUUUCUUCGGGAUAAUUGUGUAAAGAUUGUAGAUAUUUGUAGGAUAAAAUUAACGACGGAGAAUCGUUGUUCCAACAUUACGUCUUCUUCGACGAACAGUCGGAUUAUUAUAGAUUGUGCGAGAUGUAAUUUAUUUAAGUGAAUUAUAUAGUAGAGGGAACGUAAGGACCAAAAAUUUUCAAUAUAAUGAGCUCUAAUUCGCGUCGUUAGUCCUCGACUCGUAGCACGUAAUUAAUUACUGUUCUUUUAUAAUACCUCGGUGAUCUAAUUCAGAUACCGAUUGUCUGACUUAUGAAAUUGUUCCACGGACAGAUUCUAUCAGAAGUCUCUAAUUUUUUAUAUCGCAUCGCUGUAAAAGUCGCUUGGCUAGUUACAGGAUUCCUAACAACUGUCACGGGACUCUCAUAGGUUUGUCCCUUAAAAAUCACUGAAUGCCAAUUAAAUGUUGAAAACUACUUUUAUACAUAGAUUCGUGAGGCGAACUUAUUUUCGUCAUACAUCUACGGUAUUUUUUAGUACGUGUGCGCGUAUCAUUUACCAAACUCAGACAGUACUGUAUAAUAUAAAUGAUCUUUCGAAAUCAUUCAUUAACCAUUCGAAGAGAGUUUGUAAUUUGUAUUUUCUCCUGGAUAUCGUUAAAAUUGUUAUUCAAAAUCGAACGCCACCUACCUGAAAAUAAACGCUUUACCUACUGUGUUAACGACUGUAAACGAUGUACAAUCAAUUUAUUAAUUAUAUGUACGAUAAUAAAUGAAAAACACAGGUUUCGUAUUUUAAUUCCUUACAGGCGAUUCGUUUCUACGACGUGUCUUCCAUUCGUAUAAAUCAUGGAGGAACAGAAAUAUAUAUAAAAAUAAAAAGAAAAAUAUCUCUGUUUAUUCUUGCGCGUUCGACGUUGUAUUAUGGUUUACAGCGCUUUAUGGUAUACUCGAAGCUAGGCUUCUGUACAAAGAAGAACUAACGUUUGUUGGAGCGAGAGGUACUGAUAUAUUUUUAUGAAAAUAGUAUUUUAUUGUUCUUUGUAGAUAUCGAAAUGUUCAAAUAAAAACAUCGUAACUUAUAGUUUCA